AUGGCAACCCCAGAUUCAUACAGGUCAAUUUGUGAAAAAUUCAAUGUAGGGAGGGCAACUGCGUUGAAAUGUGUGAGAAGAGUGGUUAAUGCUUUAGAAAUUCUAGCACCGGCUUUUAUUGCUUGGCCUAAUGAGGAAAGAUCAAUGGUCAUUAGAAAUGGAUUUUUUGCCACCAGUAACUUUCCUAAUGUCAUCGGUGCAAUAGAUGGAACCCAUAUUAAUAUUCCUGCACCUCAUGAUCAUCCAGAGUCUUACGUGAACAGGAAAGGUCACCAUUCGAUUCAACUUCAAGCCGUUUGUGACCAUCAGUGUAAAGUUAUCACUGUUAUGCUGGAAACGUUGGAUCAGUUCAUGACCAACGAGUGUUUCGCUUAUCUUAUUUAA